GUGAUUGUUUUCUGAACGCUGCUGAAACAUGUGCAAUAUUAUCUGAGCUGUGAUUAUAUUCACAUUGCUGUGUGUAUUUGAAGUAACCUGGAGAAUUGGUGACGAGUGUUGUGGUGGAUCUGUGACUACAGCAGCCUAAUCAUUUUAAAAUGUCCUCCAAGCUGUGCCUGUGCGCGUUGCUGCUGGUACCCCUGAUAUGCCAAGCAAAUCAAGGUAUGCCCUAUUCACGUGAUGUGGGGACUCAGCAUUGCUGGGUAUGUGGUGGAUAUUGUGCCAAGGAAUGCAAACAUUUCACACCCUCAACUGAGUGCACAUGUUCGGAUACGGAUAUGACUUGUUGCAGUGGUGAAGGUUUUGGCGGGAACUUGUGUAAAGAAGAAUGUGGUGGAAAAUGUCAGAUUGCAGGAUGUAGGGAAAACGAAGUGAAAUCGUCCGAAAUUGAAUGCAAUGUCGACUGUAGAAAACUACCUAUCGCAGAUGUCGAUGUCAUGUGUUGCGUGCCGAAAUCUGACUAUGAAGAAGUGUAACGAAAGUGUUGCAAUUUACUGAAACUAUAUGUACAAGCUGACUUCCAUUUAGUUAAUUUGAAUUUUCCGACUACUUAUUGAAUAAAGAGCCUGAUAACUAGCUAAUAA